UCUGUACAGGCGCAUGCGUAUAAAGACAACGUUUCGGGCGGGCUAAUUUAAAACAAACAAGAUGGAUGUUAUCGGUGCUCUUCAGUUCCUCAAAUUAAACAAAAUUCCUGAAGAGUAUUUGGGGGAUUCUCAGGGAGAAUGGGGUGUCAAUCAAGGCCUUAGUGGCUGUGCUAUCUUUCUAUGUCUUGGGGGCCAAAACCAAAGCAGCCAACACUCAGCACAGAGUGCGUGGAUUGUAUGCUGCCUCACUCUACUUGCUGCUACUGAAGAUCCCAGGAAGCAUUGCCAACCAAGUGUUUCAUGAAGUUUUGUUGGACACCUGCUCUGACCUGACCCCACAUUGUUGGCCACAGGACUCUGCAAAAAAGCGCAAAAAGGAUCGAAUGAAAAGUUCUCAAGCUGAGGGUAAACGGGCCAAACCCCAGAGGAAAAAGCCACCACAGAUGGACAUGGAUGAAGCUGAGGAAGAGGAAGAUGAGGAGGAGGAUAUUUACUUCUCAAAUGAAGAUCUGAUGAAGAUCAGAGAAGCAGCUGUUUUUCUGGUCCACAGCAUUUUGAGGCUCCUGCAAACAUUUCCACUCAAAGACCGUCCAGAAACUGCCAGCAACUUCACGCAGAUCUUCUGUCAGCUGCUUCACUUUGAACCUGUCCUUGGUGAAAUUACCUUUGCUGCUCCACGAGAUGUUGCUGAAAUGAGGAGCAUUCCAGAGAUGGCUUUCUAUGGACUUGAGCUGCUCUGCUCAGCCAAACAUGGAGACCAGAAAGAAUCUUUGCGCAGGGUCUUCCAUCAGCUGCUCUACGUCAUACUGAUGAUGAAUAAAGAAAGUCGAGGGAAGCCGGUCCUCCGUGUUCUCAGUCAGAGUGUUUUGGCCAUCAGGGAUUAUGCCAUUCAGUUUGUUUGUCAUUUGGUGGAAGAGCAGAGGGAGCAGGCAAAACCUUUCCUUGACAUUCUGCUGCAGCACAUCUGCUUCCAGAUUGUGGAAAAAUCAGAGUACCGAAGCCACGGAGCCCAGGCUGUGGGAAUGCUGACGUCUCAGAUGGAAAACGCAGAUUACAGCCGCUUCAUUAGAUGGCUGUUUAAUUUCUCCAGACAACCAAAGGUCAGUGUAAAAAGUUGGUUGAUAUGACAAAUGUGCUUUAUG